AUGAAUAUUUAAGAGAUAUCAUAAGAACAAAUAAAUGAUUAUUUAACGUUAAAAAAAAUAGAUAUUUCAAAUGAAAGAAUAAAAAAAGGCAUAUAAUAUUUAAAAUAAUUUGAUAUUUUUAUAUCUAAAAUCUUAGGAAAUGGCUAAUUUGGGAUUGUUUUUUAAGGAUAUGAUUAGCAAAACAAAAGAAAGAUUGCUAUUAAGUUAAUUUUUGGGUAAAAUGAGUAAUUUGUAAAUGAAUAUAUCAAUGAAGCUCAACUGGCGAGACAAAUUAAUAGCAAGUUUGUAGUAAAAAUGCAUGACUAAUUCUAUGAUUAAGAAAAUAAAAACUACUUUAUCAUUUACGAAUAUUGUGAAGUAGGAAAUCUCUAAAAUUACUACAAAGAGUUGAAUUAAUAGCAAAUUCUAGAUAUAGCUAUUUAUUUAACUCAAGGAAUUUUAGAUAUUCAUGCCAAAUAAAUCAUUCAUAGUGAUAUUAAACCAGAAAACAUUUUAUUAUCUACAGAAAAUGGCUAGUUGAUUGCUAAAAUUGGGGAUUUAGGACUUUCUAAAAAGUUGUAAAAAAAUCUAACUCACAUCUCUACAUACUAAGGUACUUAUUCUUUUAUGGCUUAUGAGUAAACUGAAGGAAAACUAUGUAUGGAGUCAGAUUAUUUCGCACUUGGUUCAGUUAUUUGCUUUAUUUCAGGAAUAAAUUUGCUAGAUUUUAUGACAAUGUCAUUGUUAAAAACUGGAUAUUAUAAAGAUAACUAAGAAAACCCUUUGAUAUCUUUAGCCUUAGAAUUGACGAAAAAAGAACCUUAAGAGAGAAUGAAAUUAAAUACAUUUUUAUCUAAAUUAGAAAGCAUGAGAAAAGAUUAGCAGUAAUAAUAGAAUAAUAAAAAUUCAAAAGGCAAUAAUUUUAAAUCUAUUAAAGCAAAUAUUUUUAAAUUUUCUAUCAUAGUUCUACUUACGUUAAUCAUUAUAAAAGUUGGAAUCUAAAUUAAAUAAAAUUCAACAAACAAUCAAAACUACAAAAAAAUUCUUUAUCAAAAUGGAUCGUUCUAUGAAGGCUAUAUAAAAAAUGAUGAAAAACAUGGAAUAGGUAAACUUGAUUUUAAUGAUGGAACAAUUUAUGUAGGUGAAUUUAAAAAUGACUAAUUUAACGGCUUUGGAAAUCUCACAUACAAGGAGGGUCAUGUUUAUGUAGGGCAGUUCAAGGAUAAUUUAUUUAAUGGAAAAGGUUUUAUUAAAUAUAAUAAUUAUACAAGUUAUGAUGGGGAGUUUAAGAAUGGAAAAUAUAACGGGUAUGGAGAAUUUAAAUAGAAUAAUGGAACUAUGUUAAAAGGUAAAUGGAAAGAAGGAAUAUUCAUCUAAUGA